CACAUGUUUAUUUCCUGGUUAUUAGAUGUUUAUCUUCUUCUCCAAUUCCAAAUGAGGUCUUUUACUUUGCCAAUAUAAGAUUCUCUUGAGUGGAAAAUGAUCUCGAAUAUGAGAGAUAAUAUGGAGAGAAAUGAAAUAAGGGAAGGGCCUAUAGCUAUUGCAAUUGAUAGAGAUAAAACAACAAGCUGUCAAGCUCUUAAAUGGGCUGUCGAUCAUUAUAUACCCCGAGGCGGGACUGUGAAACUCGUUCAUGUCAUCCAAAGAUCUGCUUUGAAUAAUGCAAAUGGAUCUUACAACACAGAUGAUGAAUCAUCUGAUAGACCACACAAUGAUAAACGGAGCACUCUGUUUCUUCCAUUGCGUUGUCUUUGUAUGCGAAGAAAUAUACAAAGCGAAAUAGUUUUGCUUGAAGAUCAAGAUGUGGCGAAAGCCUUGAUCGAAUAUAUCAGCCAGAAUUGUAUUUCCACAUUCUUGCUAGGUGCCUCAUUGAAGAAGAGCAUUACCAGGCUGUUCAAGGCUGAUGACAUUCCAAGUAAUGUGAUGAGAUGGGCUGCAGACUUCUGCAGUGUAUUAGUCAUAUCAAAGGGAAGACUAUCAAGUGUACGAUCAGCCACUCGGCCUUUACCUCAAGCCUUGCUAUCUUCUUCUUCAGGGACUGCACCAUUGUCACCACACAGCAACGCCGAUGAGGCUCCCUCUGAGAUGUCAUUGUCAAGAGAAGACGACGUUUUCUUUGAGGAGUUUUCAUCCCUUGACCCAGAUUCUAGUGUGAACAUUAGUAGCAGGUUCAGUACAGACAGUUCGGUUCUCUCCUUCUAUGAGAAACUUGCAGCUCCACACAUGUUGGAGUUUCCUAGAUUCUCUGGUCUGGAUGAUGAGAAAGCCAAGUUUUCUGUCUAUCUUAAUAGUCCUUCUGAUGAAAAGAAUUGUACAUUAGCUUCCCCACUAUCACCAACGGAUGACGCCGAGGCUGAGAUGAGAAGGCUGAAGAAAGAGCUGAAGGAAACGAUGAACAUGUACCACGCCGCUUGCAAAGAAGCUCUUAGGGAAAAAGAAAGAGCAGUAGAGCUUGAGAUGUGGAAAAAGAAAGCAGAGCUAAGGAUUCAAAUGGCUGAAGAUACAGCAACAAUGGCUAUCAUGGAGAUGGAAAAGACGAAACUGGAACUACGGCGAAGAGUGGAGGCAGAGAUGAACGCGGUGAAAGGGAAAGGGAGUAAUGACAGAAAGAUGGUUUGGGAUACUCUUGGAGAGUCUCAUAUUGUGAGUUGGGUGAUGAAGUCUCUCAUCUGGUCCAAGAGAAGUUGCUCAUUGAUUCUCUUGUAUAGAUCAAUCAUAUUUCCUUUGUUUCUUCUUCACAAUGUCACUCCUGCAAGCAAAAUCUUGCCUACUAUUUCUUUGUCAACUGUUUCCCCUUUCUACUUCUGAAACUAUUCUUAAGUCAAAGUUUUCACACCAUCUCAACAUUCUCAUUUGCUUUUUCUAGUCCCAAUUGCUUGUUCUUUUGAAAAUGUAAGACCAGUUAACGCUCAGUUCAUAUAUGGUUUAAUGAAGAUCACACGGGAUC